AUGGACUUAGCCAUUAUUGAGAUCAUAUCAAGCGUUUUUGCGAUGCCCAUUUUCAUGAUAUUGUGCGCCAUAUGCGGCGGAUUCCCUCAGGAUGAGGAAAUAGGUAGUGGGGCCCGCGGAUUAAGAGACGGUAAUAUGGUUGUUUUGGCCGGCGCGGGAGGAGCUGCUGUCAUUGGUGGUGCUGCGGCAGCGACAAUGGUUAGUAGUGGUGAUAGGGACAAGGUUAAUAAUAGCAAUAGUGGUGGUUGUGGUGCAGCAACUGGAACAAGUACUACUACAGAUGCCGGUGCCAGAGGAGCUUCCAUCGUUGGUGGUGCUGCGGCAGCGACAGUGGUUAGUAGCGGUGAUAGGGACAAGGGUGGUGGCGGUUGUGAAGCAGCAACUGGAACCAGCACUACUACAGAUGUUGGUACUUACCAAAAUUGUUGCUGCGGUGGCGGUGACGGUGGCAAUGAUGGUGGUGACGGUGGCGGUGGUUGUGGUGGAUGUGGAGAUUAA